AUGUCGCCAGCCGGCAGCAUGUCAAAGUCGCUCUCCAGUCCGCAACAGAACACAACCUCGUCGUACAAUUGCUCGUCCAAGUCGCUACCAAACACUAUAUUGUCCUUGACCGUAGCGUUCUGGAUCCACGGUUGUGCACAGAGCAGCAAUUUACCGGCAACAGUGACGGAUCCGCUUAGUCUCGGCAUGACACCACUCAGAGCACAGAGUAGCGACGACUUUCCAGACCCAAUAGGCCCAAGCGUUGUCCACAGUGACAGCUUCUGGAGCCUUGUCGACACGGUGGUAUUCUGGGUCAGCAGUUUCUUCGUCCGCGAGCAGAUAGUCCUGCACACGCCUGAACGCAACGUACGCGUCGGACAUGGUACUCAAGGCGAUUGGCAAGAAGGCGACAUGCGAAACAAGAAUGUUGAACAGAGCCAGAGACGAGAAGACAUUAGCUGCACUGCUCAAACUUCCACCAUGAUAGCCGUAAAUGGCCAGAAACCCAAUCAUGGAUCCGAUACUAGGCAACGACACCGAGAUGGCGGUUAUAGUAUUUCUCAGAAACUGGAUUUUCAGCAUGUAUCCCAUUUCUUGGCCUCUGAUCUUGGAAACCAGGUCCAAAUAGGCCUGCUCCCAAGAGUAGUAUUUUAUGAUUUUCAUGCUGUUGAGCAGUUCCUUCAUGUAUUUGACUCUGGAGUCGGUAUAGACGUUGACACCACGGCGCAAUUUCAUCAGGGGGCGCGUACAAUACGCGAUUCCGCAUAG